AUGUCAACCUCUCUCCGUCUCCUCCUGUCGCGCGCCCUCACUCUUCUCCUCCCUCUCUCAAUCGCAUCCACCAUCUACCUCUAUUUAUACCCGAUUUUCCACGGCUGCGCAUUCCCUAUACCGGUAAACAACAACAAUGGCAGCACCACAGCAUCAUCUCAAUUACCGCCCCCCUUCAAUGCCCUCCUCAGCACACUCCUCCAACACAUCCCCACGACGACAACGACGACAUGGAAGAAUCGCAACGAGCCAGAACCAGCCAUCUUCAGACUCCUAGUCCUAGCCGAUCCACAGCUGGAAGGCGACUCUUCCCUUCCAUUCAAAGAAUACGAACUCGUUCCCCGGAUCAAGCAUCACUGGACGAACGUCAGGUCCUCGAUAGCUGCUUCCCCGUCAUCAUCUGUCUCUAUCCUUUCCGAUCCUGACGUCCUAUCUAAUGUCACCACUGCCCUGAGGGAGCUCCUGGUCGAUGAUAUCCCGCGCGAGUUCCGAUCCAUGAGGAAGCGUCUCGAUCUCCUCGGGAACGAUUGUUACCUUGCGCACAUAUAUAGGACGUUGCGUUGGUGGAGUCGGCCGACGCAUGCGACCGUGCUGGGGGAUUUAGUGGGGAGUCAGUGGGUAACCGAUGAGGAAUUUUAUAGGCGCGCAUCCAGAUUCUGGGGGAGGGUGUUUAAGGGUGGGAAGAGGGUUGAGGAUGAGAUAACCAUUACCGGAGCGAGGGGGUAUAAGGAGCAGGACCAAGAGGUUCAAUUGCAGGAUCUGCCAGUCGGGGGGUCAGAGUGGUCAAGACGUAUCAUUAAUAUUGCUGGGAAUCAUGAUAUUGGGUAUGCUGGGGAUAUCAGCGAGGCGAGGAUAGAGCGGUUCGAGCGCGCCUUUGGACGUGCGAAUUGGGAUGUUCGAUUCCGCUUACCUCCACGCCGGAAGGGAGCAACAGCAGUAGCAGCAGCAGCAGCAGCAGAAGAAGAAGAAGUAAAAGGAGGAGCAGGAUCUGAAGGGACAACAAUCACGCCUACUCUGCAUAUCAUCAACCUGAACUCGCUCACAUUGGACACCCCGGCUUUGUCGCAGGAGAUCCAAUCCGCAAGCUACGACUACAUCAACGAUAUUAUUUCCAGAAGAUCGUAUCCCGUCGAGGACCGGAUGUCGUUCACUCUCCUCCUGACGCAUCUCCCCCUCCACAAAAGCGAGGGCAUCUGCACCGACGGACCGCAAUUUUCCUUCCAUGAAUCCGACGACGAGGAAGGAGACACGGACGAAAACGGCGAAAACCCCAUCCUGCGCUUCAGGGAGGGUGGACUGAAGGAUCAGAACCAUCUCAGUCAACACGUCAGCACAACGGGCAUUCUAGAGGGUAUCUUUGGAAUGAGCGGGAACGACAAUGCCGUAGCGGGAGGAUGGGGUCGUAACGGGCUCAUUCUUACGGGCCACGACCACACUGGAUGCGAUGUGAUACAUUUCGUGGAUAGAUCUGUCGAAGAACCGGAUGAAGCUGAUCCCAGACCAUGGAAAUGGGACGCUAAACGAUAUACUACUAUUAACAAUCAGAGUCCAGUUAUCCCCGACACUCCAUUUAUCCGCGAGGUCACACUCCGUUCAAUGAUGGGCGAAUACGGCGGAAACGCAGGCCUACUAUCCAUCUGGUUCGACGAUGACAAUGACAGCGGUUCCGGUUCCGGUGAGUGGAAGUAUGAAAUCGCCAUGUGCAGAGCCGGCGUACAACACAUCUGGUGGGCGGUCCAUGUGUUCUCCAUAGUGGCAUUGAUUGUCCUCGUGGCUUGGAUGAUCUUGGCCUUUGUUUGGGGGGAUAUCGAUAUCCUCACGUCGAAAACGAAGACGAAGACUCUAACGGGAAAUAUCGCCAAUGGCGCGAAGAAGAAGAAUCAUCACCAUCAUCAUCAGAAGAAGAAACAGAUUCAUGCGCAGGAAAGUGAUGCGAGGAAGAAAAUUAACAAGAACAGAAACAAUGGCAGGCAGAAUGGGAAUUGA